CUGACAGAGAGAGCUCUCCAUGGUGCUGGAAGGGGAAAAACAUCCUUCAGAUACAGUGAAGCGGCAGCGGCAGGAAAAGCAGACGAGACACUCAGGAGGGAUAAAAGCACACACUGCAGGGAGAUGGACGAGGUACUUAAAAAUCUCAUGGCGGGGAAGUAGUGUCAGGCUAAGGAGUGGAAGAUGAGAGGAGCUGACGUUGUAGUGGAAGGUGGCUACAGUAAGCAGUGGGCGUGUUCUUGCUGUGAUCUGUAGUUGGGAAGCCCGGUGUCAUCUGCUUAAGCGCCGAGUGACUGUACAGACCGGCGUGGACGAGCAGGACAGAGAAAGAGUCGGCACGGAAUGAUUCACCGAACACACUGUGGAUGAGGAACCCUUGCACGCAUUUUGGACUUGUUUUGGAGGAAAUAUUCAACGGGUGGAGUGAUGGAGGAGACUGCACGCUGAAGUGUCGAUUCAAGUCUGACUUCGGUGGCGUUGCCUUCUGCUCAGAAUUUCCACUUCUAAAAUGAGCUGAUGCGUGGCGCAGGAAGUGGAAGCGGGAGCUCGGAAGAUUCAAGAUCGGAGGGACUUGCAUCCCCAGGGAGAACCGAACUGGGCAUUCAAUGGCACCGGUUUCGAACAGCCUAAUCCCGGGUCACAGGUGCUCUGAUUUCUAGCAUGCUAAUCUUUACCAUGGAUGAAGGUGUCUGGGGAUUUAUGCGGAAAAGUGAACCGGUGCUCCAGCAAAGGUCAGAGUUCACAAGCGGGAGCCGUCAGGAGAAGACCGAAGACACAUUGGCAGGGACACAGCACUAUUUUGAUCAACCUGAAGAAUGAAGAGCUCUCGAGAAGAGGAAACGCUUCGUUUUUUCCAGUAUGUCGAGGAGAAUGGGCUACGAGCCUAUAAUGGCCUUGUAACUCAGAACUUGGACCACGCCAGGAAUGAGAAAAACAAGUUAUUCCUGCUGGAGAAAAACGACAAGAAGAGAAAACAAGAGGAAGCAAUAAAACGGACGGGUGAGGACAUAGCUAUUGAAGGCAAGCACCUACGUAUGGGUUCCAUCACCAUGCCGGACCCGCAGGAACGCAUGCCCAUACCGCACCCGCACGCUCUGGCUUGUGGGCAGGGCUUCUCCGUACGCUCCCAGUCCCUCCACUCCGUGGGUGGUGGGAACAGUGGGGGAGGAGAGGAGGAGGUGGGAAGUCCAACCUCGAGGAAGCAACCUCCACCCAAGCCCAGGAGGGACCCGGCCACCAAGCUGAGCAUGUCGUCUGAGGCGGUGGACCACAGUCCCGUGUCCACCUGCCGAGGGGAGAGAUGUGAUGCUCAAGAUUGCAGCGAGGACUGCAGGAGGGUGCCGCCGCCCAAACCCAAAAGGAACCCCAACACACAGCUCAGUGUUUCCUUCGAUGAGUCCUACAUCAAGACCCACGGAGGCCCACCAAAACCUCUUCACCACGUCACAUCACCCCUUGAACGCAACUCCUCUCCGCCGCAAAGUGACGAGAGCCCGACGGACGACUGUGAAGAUGAGCCCGUCUACAUAGAGAUGGGCGGCAUCGACGUCGGCUCCAGGGAAAUUUUAAAGAGUGAGGACGAAGAGCCGGGAGAGUCUGUGUAUGAAGAGAUGAAGUACCCAGCGCUCGACGACAUGGAGUACCGGACUGACCCUGUUGGAUGUCGCUCGGCGUGCCCCACUCCUGCACCAUACGACCCUGAACCUCUGAGCCGUUGCUCCACGCCUCGAAACAUUCCUCUCUGCGACAUUCCGGCACCUUUUCCAAAUUUGCUCACGCACCGACCUCCACUGCUGGUCUUCCCUCCAGCACCUGCUCAGUGCUCGCCCAACUCAGACGAGUCACCCCUCACCCCUCUAGAUGUCACCAAACUUCCCAUGCUGGAGAACCAAUCAUACAGCAAGUCCCCCACUUCUUCAAAUGAGCCCCCGAGUUCAGCACACCUCCGCAGGGAGCUCACCGCCACCCCGACCCUAACUGUCUCCGGACGCUCCUCAGCUCCCCCUUUACCCUGCACACUCUACAAAUCUUCCUCAUCCUCAUCAUAUCAGCGCAGCCACUCCGCUUGCCCGUCGCCGGUCAGCAUGGGACGUUGUCUCACCCCGUUGAGCCUUAUGCGCACACCUCCAUUCGAUGCUUCGAUGCCAUUCCCUGGAGGUCUACCCCGGAGUGCCUCUGCCACACCGCACGGGAAAGGUUCCCCACCCCAUGACGGUGUGGGACGUCUACACGGGUCAAUGCAGAAUGUGUCAACUGGACGUUCACGAACACCCACCAGUCCACUGGACGAACUGACCAAUCUGUUCACAACAGGCAGGAACAUGUUGAAGAAAAACAGCAGUGGACGGAAAUCCAAAGAGCCUGGAGAGACUGAAGCCAAAAGCAAGUCUCACAGUGAGUCAAGGCGCGAAGGCAAAGACCGCCACAGUCACAGCCACAGCAAGGAGUCGAAGCGGGAGUCAAAGGAUCGGCACAGCAAGGAGUCCUCGCACCGCAGGGACAGAGAAAAAGACAAGGAGCGAUCCGGCACUGCAGAGUCACUCUCUCACAGGCGUAACAGCAAAGAACAGAAGGGUGACAUAGAAGGGCCGUCUCUCCGGAAGGAAAGCAGGGACCAGGGAUGCGGCGGCGUGGAACCCAUCCUUGUGAGGCGGGAUUCAAAGGACAGGAGCUCAGCAGAUCCCAUCCCAUUGGCAAGGAGAGACUCUAAGGACAGAGGGAUUAGCAACGGGGAGCUGAUGCCGAGGAGAGAUAGCAAGGACAGAACAGGUCACGGUAUGGAGCCUUUGCUGAAACAAGACAGCAAAGACAGACUUCUGGAUCAACCCCCGGAGCUGUUGCCGAGACAAGAGAGCAGAGAGAGGUCCCGGAAUGGUUUAGAAAACAGACAUGAUAGCAGGGAGAGGCUUCUGGAGCAGCCGCCAGAACUUAUACCUCGGCAGGACAGUAAAGAGAGAGUCAGGAAUGGCUUGGACUCAAAACAUGAAAGCAGAGACAGACCUCCGGAGCUUCUCCCCCGGCAAGAUAGCAAGGACAGAGCGAGGGCUGGGGUGGAAUUUAGGUACGAUAGUAAAGAGCAUCACCCCGACUUACUGCCCAGGCAGGACAGCAAAGAAAGAGCCAGGAAUGAAAGCGAGCACAGGCAUAACGGGAGGAUAGACCAACCCCCAGAGAUCAUUCCCAGGCAAGAAACAUCCAGGAGCAGCAAGGACAGGGGAGGAUUUAUCUCUGAGUCCAAGCAUGACGGAAGAGAUCGAAGCAGCGGGGACCACCCUCCUCCACUGCUCCCCAGGCAGGAUAGUAAAGACCUGAGUCGUACAGGUCUGGAAGUCCGGAGAGACAGUAAAGACCGAAGCCUUAACGGCUCUGAUAAUCAUCACUACGAUGUCAAAAACACCAGAAGCCCAACCGCGAAGGAGUACGCAGGUGAUAAAGAGCGAGGAUACCGGUCUGACGGCACGCCCCGUCGAGACAAGAAGCCAAGCUUCAGCACAGACCAAUCAAAAACGCAUGACAGAAACGGAAGCACAGUGUCAGGCCACCAUUCUUCUACCACAACGCCUACGCACCACAGAUCUUCCGGCAGUCCUCCGAUGACUGUGGGAGCUGGAAGUGAUUUGAAAACAGCACCAAAGUAUGUUCGCUCGCCUUCAAUGCCAGCCAAUCCGUCCCCGAAGGGAACACCACAAAGAAGAGCUACAGAAUCACAUCACAGCCAGAUGCCUCAGAUGCCCUGGAUGUGCGGCGACACAACCAUGUUGGAGCAGAUUGAGAGGAAGCGCACCCUCUGCAUGGAGAUAUGCUCCAGACAACAUCCCCACCUGCAGAAAUUCCAGGAGAGGCCUUCUCCGACAGACAAGCAUGAAGAGCGACAGCAGGAGAGGAGCCAGUGCAAGCUGGAGAGCGCCGCCGUGCUCCCACCUUGGAGCAAGAACAGCGGGGCCAAGAAGAUCCGACCUCCUCCUUACCCCACGCAGAAAACCGUAUUUUGGGACACAGCUAUCUAACACGUCUUCAGCACCCUGCCACAGAAUCCGAAAAAAUCAUGCUCCCCUUGCCCCGUUUUUUUUGUCAGCACAAGAGGGGGCGACGCUCGCUGAUGUCAAAGGACAAUGGUGGUGACCAUAGCAAUAUAUCUGCUUGUUCAGGUGUUCAUGUUUUCUUAUCAUUGCUGGUGAUAUUUGAUAUUUUUAUAUUUCCCGUGACUGGAUUCUUGUAAUAUAAUUAGUAGAAUAGAUAUUUGAUGAAUAGAUAUUUUCUAAAUCACAUGGGAAUUACAAGCAGCAUAAAUGAUGUAUAGUAGACGUAGAUUCAAUCUAAUGUAUUUCUUUGGGUUUAUUUAGCAUCACCAAUCAAAUACAAGUCCUGUAGCAUACUUCUAAAAAAAAAAAAAAAAAAAAAAAAAAAAACUCGCCACGCCAACGUCACAUAAACCGACAGUGUAUUCCGUGUGACAUUUU